AUGGCAGACCAAGACAGCUUCGAUGAGAAACACAAAAUCAGCCACCAGGUCAUCGACUCACCUUCGACUGAGCCUGAUCAUGGUAUCGUCAAAGACUGGGAUAGCGAAGAGUCGGCCGUUCGACGAAAAAUCGACUUCAUACUCAUUCCUAUUCUUGCUGUCGCCUUCUUCGCCUUACAAAUGGAUCGCGGGAAUAUUAGCGCCGUUUUGACAUCAAGUAUCACAAAAGAUCUCAAUAUAACAACGAACCAAAUUAAUAUCGGAUCACAACUACUCUCCGCUGGUAUUGUUCUAUCGGAGAUCCCAUCGAACAUUAUUAUGCAGCGCAUUGGGCCUCGCAUCUGGUUGUCAGGUCAAUUGUUCGCUUGGGGUUUGGUUGCGACCUUCCAGGCCUUUGUUACCUCCUUCCCCGCGUACCUGGUUACGAGGAUUUUGUUGGGAUUGUGUGAGGGUGGUUUUAUACCCGGUGCUUUAUACUACCUCUCUACCUGGUAUAAGAAGGACGAGACUAGUCUUCGCACGAGUCUCUUCUUCUAUGGGCAGAUGUUCGCAUCGGCUACAUCGAGCCUAAUAUCUGCUGGUCUGCUCCAGCUGAAUGGCACCCAUGGCAUGGAGGGAUGGAGAUGGAUCUUCCUCGUUGAGGGCUUAAUCACCCUGUUCAUCGCAACAGUAUUCACUCUCCUCGUGCCUCCAUCUGCGGGAGACGGGCGUCCAUUGAUCGCCUUCGGCCGCUGGAGCUACUUCACUGAGCGCGAGUCGCACAUCAUCCGCAACCGCGUUCUGCUAGAUGACCCUCGCAAAGCCAAAGGCCAUAUCCAAAUUUCUGGCUCUGAUAUCUGGAAGACCGUCAAACAACCCUGCAUCCUGCAACACGUUUUUGUGACUUUGGUCUCCAUGACCGGCUUCACGGGUUUGACUCAAUACACACCCAGCAUGAUCAAAGGGCUGGGAUUCGGUGCCGUCAAGGCGAAUGCCUUGGCUUCGGUUCCGGUCUAUUGUGGGAUGGUCUGGCUGAUAGUGCUGUCCUAUGCUGCUGAUAAAACAAGACACCGUGGACCGUUCGUGCUCUUGGCGAUCACUUGGAACGUGAUUUCCUACGCUUGUCUUCGUACAAGUAGCCCCCAUGCUUCGCCCUGGCACCGGUAUGGAGUUAUUGCCAUUGCUAAUAUCUCCUAUUGCAGCAUGCACAUCUUAAAUGUCGGAUGGCUGUCAUUCUACUGCCUCACACCCCAGGAACGAAGCGUUUCCAUGGCGUUGGUCGUCAUGGCUGCUAACUGUGCUGGUAUCGCUGGCUCGCAGAUUUUCCGAACAUCCGAUGCCCCGAAAUACUUGCAUGGUCUUACUGCCAUCUGUUCUAUUGCUGGUGCCUCAUGGGUGCUCGCUUUAGUGCUUGAUGUUCAAUAUUAUUUCCACCGGCAAAAAGCGGUUCCUUCGGAUAAUGUGGAGGGGAAAGCUUGA